AUGGCAUUGCCCGAGUCAAUCCGAUUUCUCGGAGUCACUUUUUCAUGGACACUUCGUGCUGGAUGUCUUCUUCACGUUCUACAUGAGAAUGUUUACGAGUUUAGUGAAACACGAGGAGAGUCGAUGCUCCCAACUCUUCAUAACCAAUAUGACUAUGUUCAUGUGUGGAAGAUGGGUCAUAAGGCAGGAGACAAUUUGGAUAUGGGAGAUUUAGUUGUUGCAAUAAAGCCAAGUGAUCCAGAGCAUCGUGUAUGCAAACGAAUCACAGGAAUGCCAGGAGAUAUCAUUGCUAUAGAUCCAAGUUCAUCAAGUGAGCUUACAAAUAGUUCAGCUAUAGCUACUCAACAUGAUGGUUAUAAUAAGUUAAUAAAAGUUCCAAAAGGUCAUGUGUGGUGUACAGGAGACAAUUUGUGUCAUUCACUUGAUAGUCGUAGUUAUAGUGUUAUGCCCAUGGCCCUAAUUAAAGGGAAGAUAGUUGCUGCCAAUUCCAUGAAUAAAGGAUUCUUUAGUGGGGAAUAUAGUUUCUGGAGUUUUAGAUGGUUAGCCAAUAAUUUUGUGGUUGAAAGAUAA